UCUCUCUCUCUCUCUCUCUCUCUCUCACACACACUGUUUAGUCACACACACGCACACAACGGGACAAUCGAGAAGACGGAGGUCCGCUACAGCUAACCGUUAACUCCACAUUUUACACCAAGAAAAGCGUAACCAUGGGGAAGGGAUGCAUCACAGCAACCAAGUACUUCCUGUUCCUGUUCAACCUCAUCUUCUUUAUCUGUGGAGUGUUGAUCAUGAGCUUUGGACUGUGGGUCCUUCUGGAUAACCAGAGCUUUAUCACUGUUCUGCAGGAGUCCUCCACCACUCUGAAAGUGGCGUCCUAUAUUCUGAUCACUGUGGGUUCUCUCUCCAUGGUUAUGGGUUUCCUGGGCUGUAUAGGAGCCAUCUACGAGAUACGCUGCCUGCUGGGCCUAUACUUCACCUGCCUCCUGCUCAUCCUCAUCGCCCAAGUUACAGCUGGCGUGCUCAUCUACUUCCAGAGAGACAGACUGCAACAGGAGAUGUCCACCAUCGUCAAGGGGAUGCUGGUCAACUACACUGGUCAGAACAGGACCACAGAACAUUCCUGGGACUAUGUACAGAGGACGAUGAAGUGUUGUGGCUGGGUGUCUCCAGGUAACUGGUUGGAGAACGUGUGGAUCAAGAACAGUUCUGUCUCGUUGUACCCCUGCUCCUGUCGGAAUGAAACCCUGCCUGGGACAGACAUGAAUGAGACUGGGCUAUGUGAACACUUGUCUGCUGACCGGCCAGUAUACCAAACGGGCUGCAUGCAUAGUGUGGAGGCCUGGCUGUUGGAGAACUGUGGAGUUAUUCUUGGAAUCUGUGUCGGGGUGGCAGUCCUAGAGCUCCUCGGUAUGAUUCUGUCCAUGUGUCUCUGUAAGAGUGUUGUCCAGGAGGAUUACACCAAAGUUCCCAAGUACUGACUAUGAAGACCAGCAAAAGUCAUGCACGCCUACACACACACACACACACAGACACACACACACAGACACACAUGCAUAGCAUAGACACACUCUCACAGUGAAACACAGAAACAAACAACUGUCUGGUACCAUUCACCCUCUCCUAGCCUGGUAACUGACCCAGUCUGUCACUCCUGUCUGAAACCAGUCAUCCUCUCCUAGCCUGGUAACUGACCCAGUCUGUCACUCCUGUCUGAAACCAGUCAUCCUCUCCUAGCCUGGUAACUGACCCAGUCUGUCACUCCUGUCUGAAACCAGUCAUCCUCUCCUAGCCUGGUAACUGACCCAGUCUGUCACUCCUGUCUGAAACCAGUCAUCCUCUCCUAGCCUGGUAACUGACCCAGUCUGUCACUCCUGUCUGAAACCAGUCAUCCUCUCCUAGCCUGGUAACUGACCCAGUCUGAUACCAUUCACCCUCUCCUAGCCUGGUAACUGACCCAGUCUGAUACCAUUCACCCUCUCCUAGCCUGGUAACUGACCCAGUCUGUCACUCCUGUCUGAAACCAGUCAUCCUCUCCUAGCCUGGUAACUGACCCAGUCUGUCACUCCUGUCUGAAACCAGUCAUCCUCUCCUAGCCUGGUAACUGACCCAGUCUGAUACCAUUCACCCUCUCCUAGCCUGGUAACUGACCCAGUCUGAUACCAUUCACCCUCUCCUAGCCUGGUAACUGACCCAGUCUGUCACUCCUGUCUGAAACCAGUCAUCCUCUCCUAGCCUGGUAACUGACCCAGUCUGUCACUCCUGUCUGAAACCAGUCAUCCUCUCCUAGCCUGGUAACUGACCCAGUCUGUCACUCCUGUCUGAAACCAGUCAUCCUCUCCUAGCCUGGUAACUGACCCAGUCUGUCACUCCUGUCUGAAACCAUUCAAGCACAACAGCCUGAAUAGCAGUCUGUUUGGACUAUCAGGCCAACGCCUUGUCACUCAUCGUCAGGCCAAACACAACUGGCCACUGACAGCAGUGGAGUUGGCCAGGACACAAGCAGAUCUGGGAGCAGUUCUCACACAUGGCCGUGGG